GCUGUUUAUACCGGUAAUGGAUAGUCUUUAAACGUCUAGUGUGUGAAUCGUGAAUUCGAUUCAUAUUUGUGUAAAAUAAGAUCAUAACUUGAAAGUUAACGUUAGUUUUAAAGAUCCUUAUAAUGGAUUCAGGAGCUCUUUUUUGAAAUCGUUAUAAUGGAUUCAGGAAGAGUUGAAGGAAUUUCGAACACAUCGUUUAGUGAUGGUUUAACUAAAGAGAUAGCUGAACCACUUCACGAAGAAGAUCAUGAGCUUGUGGGUCAUACAGUACAGAAGAGAAACUGGAAAGGAAUAGUUAUCGCCCUGGUCGUCAUCAUUGCCGUGUGCGCGCUUAUCGUUGCUACAAUAAUACUUCUCAAUCCAAAGAAUUCAAAUGAUCCACCGAAACCAAAGUUCACAUUCGAAGAUUUCAUGUCGAAAAAAUACGCUCCGAAGUACUUCUCCUAUCAAUGGAUGAAAGGGGCUGCUGCAUUAUACUUCCGCAAUGACGAUGGUGCUGUACUACGCUACAAUUGCUCAACUAAUACGUCCGUCAUGAUAAUGGACAACUCCACGUUUAAACAACUAGAAACAUCAAGUUAUACAAUCUCACCCGAUGAAACAUUCGCCUUGCUGCCUUAUGAUAUAAAACAAAUAUACAGACAUUCUACAAAGGCUAAAUACAAGAUCUUCAAUAUAACUUCAAAACAAGAUACCAAUCUUGAAGGACCAGAUGGCUUAGAGUUCCAAUAUGUGUCCUGGUCUCCGACUUAUAAUGGAUUAGUGUUCGUUCAAAACAACGACAUUUUCUACCGGCGAAAUAUGGACUUGUCGAUUAAGGAGGCGUUUCGCGUGACCAACACGGGCGUGGUGGAUAAGAUAUUCAACGGAGUCCCUGAUUGGGUGUAUGAAGAGGAAGUGCUUUCCAUAGAUAACGCCAUAUGGUGGUCACCAGACGGUGGCCAUUUCCUGUACGCGUCUUUUAAUGACAGCCAGAUCGGGUUGUAUGACCUCACGUAUUAUGGUCCGUUAACACAACAGUAUGUCACAAACAAGCGACUGUUAUAUCCGAAGGCGGGCACAACCAACCCGACAUUCACAUUAAACAUCUUCAACACCAACAACAAUUCAUCGUUGGAAAUUCAGCCACCACAGAUAUUGCAGGACCAAGACCAUUAUUUCACAACGGUCACGUGGGGGGAUAAUGACACGGUGUUGAUCACGUGGAUGAAUCGGCAUCAGAACAUGACGCUCUUUACAGCAUGUGACGCAGUAAAUGGAACUUGCAAGGAGAAUUACCGUUUCCUGGCACCGUCUGGAUGGUGUGAAGUGUUCACCUCCCCCGUUUUCACCUCCGAUGGACAAAACUUUUUCUUCAUUUCGCCCCAACUGGAGGGCGAAGCUGGCCCGUUUAGACAUGUUACUAUGGUUAAUAUACAAAGUGGCGGCUCCGUGUCACCAACAUUCAUAACCACUGGUCUGUUUGAUGUGAUAUCGAUAGUAAAAUACAUUCCCGCGACAGAAACAAUGUAUUACUUAGCAUACAGAACCGGCGAUCCGACUUCUCGCCAUUUAUAUAAGAUAACAACAGAUACUGAUGCGUCAAACUUCAAAAAGCCUGAGUGCGUCACGUGUCAUCUAGCGCCAGAUUGUGAUUGGUUGUCAGCAAGUUUUUCAGACACCAGUGGCGGAGAGUUUUUCAUGCUUCAGUGCCUUGGACCUUCAGUCCCAACAACACGGCUCUAUUCCACAGCAUCUGAAACAGUGGUAUCCUUUGAGGACAAUAAAGCAGUAGCUGAGGGUCUUGCCAAGUUGUCCAUGCCGCGACCUAAGUACGUGAGAAUACCCCUUCAGAACGGAGAAUCCAUGUGGGGAAAACUGCUGUUACCCGAGGGUCUUAAAGAGGAUGAAAUCAUAAAAUACAACAUGCUCACAAACGUGUAUGGUGGUCCCGACUCCCAAAAAGUUACCAAAUCGUUCCAACUUGGAUGGGAGGAUUACUUGUCAAGUACUCACAACAUUGUGAUUGGCUUUCUAGACGCCCCAGGCUCAAGUGGGCGGGGCGAUAAAUGGCGACAUGCUAACUACCGCAACCUUGGGACGACAGAGGUGGAUGGUACCAUUACUGCUGGCAGAUACUUCAACAGUCUUCGAUACGUCAGUGAUAGAACAGCGAUAUGGGGCUGGUCGUACGGCGGAUUUUUGACCUCUAUGGUGCUAGGUCAGGGGACGGGGACUUUCGACUGCGGAAUGGCCGUGGCUCCCGUCACUGAUUAUAGAUAUUACGAUUCAAUAUAUACGGAACGAUAUAUGGGCCUACCCGAUGAUAAUUUGGAGGCUUAUAAUCGUGUAAAUGUCUCCAGAUAUGCAGACAAUUUCAAGAAAAGUAAAUUCAUGAUUGUCCAUGGAACCGGAGAUGACAACGUUCAUUUCCAAAACAGUGCUCAACUUGUACGUGCUUUAACGGAGGCCAAUGUGUAUUUCAGAUCACAGUUUUACACCGACCAGCAGCACUCUAUAAACGGAGGCAACUCCCGCAAACAUCUGUACAAUACGCUAGAAGAUUUCCUCCUCCAGUGCUUAGGCGGAACGCAGUCUCAUAUUGAUGAUUUGAACAACAAGAACGCCGCCGAUUCCUCGACAAACACGGAAAAAGACGACUCCGAAUGAGACAACAAAACGUAUUUGGUUGUAGAACGUCAAUCGUAACAACUCGGCCAUCUCCGGCAAGCUUCGGAUAAUGACCGAGAUGUUCCGAUUGGUAAAACCGUGACAACUGUUACUCCAUAAGUAAUGAAAAGAUGCAACGCCUAAUAAUGUUACGAAAACAAAUUCAUAUAAAACAAUAAACAUUGAUGAAAUGAAGUAUUAAAGCUGUUCUGUUAAUUUUCAUGGUGAAAAUUUGCAUUGAACAAGUGAUCCGUGAUUUCAUAUAAGGUUGUAGAUGUUUACAACAGAAACAUAAUUAUGUCAUUUUAAUGGUUUGCCGUAUUUGUAUGAUUCGUUUUGUAUCUGGUAGAAGUGAACUAUGAAGGGUGCCUUUCACAUGACUAUAGAAAAAGAGAGAUUUUUUUGUUAAUAAGUAUAAAUAAGUUUGAAAUUGUUAUUUACAGUCGAAUCUCUCUAUGUCGAAUUCUGUUAUCUCGAUGUUCUGGUUAUGUCGAUUUUUUUCGAUUUAUUUGGGUUUAGUUAUACACUUUUUGUAUUUCGGUUAUAUCGAAUGUUCAUUAUCUCGAAGUAAUUUCUCCGGGGUCUCAGCGACUUCUACAAAUCGAGUUUUGACUGUAAUUCAUUAUAAGGUAAAAACAUGCAUGUAUAUUGCAUAUUUUUAAGGUAAUGUGAAUUUUCAAGUUUGGUCAGCUUAAAAAGGUUGACUUAAUAAAAGCAUUCAUAUGUUAAAUAUAUACGUAUUUUUGUAAAUUUAUGUGUAUAAAACAAUAAUCAUUAUAUCAUUUAACGUUUGUAUAAAAAGUCGUUCAUAAAAUAAAACACAUUCA